AUGAUCCAAAUGAAACUGGUCUCACUGGCUGUACUGCUCUUCUCUAUUCAAAGUGCUAUUGGAGGUAAAGUCCUUGUUUUCCCUGUGGAUGAAAGCCACUGGGUCAACAUGAAGGUCCUCAUCCAGGAACUCCAUUCAAGAGGUCACAACAUCACUGUGAUCCGACCAAAAAACGCAAGGCACAUUGAGGCAGAAACUGGUUACUACCAGUCAAUUACUCUUGAUGUUGUUGCUGGAUUUGAUGUAAAUGACUUUAAUCGUUACGAGACAAGAGUUUUGCAUCUCCGACGAGACUUCUACGCUUCAACUUUAUCAAUUUUAAAAGCGAGGGAAGAGUUUAUAACAAUGCUGCUUCAUACUCACAAAGCUGUGGUUGAUAAAAUGGAAGAGACAUUUGAGGAUGCCAAACUGAUGCAGCUUUUCCAUGAAGCCAGGUAUGAUGUUCUCUUGACGGAUCCUUUCUUAGGUGGAGGGGUUCUACUAGCUCAUCGGCUGGGUCUACCUCUGGUUUUCAAUGUACGAUGGACUAUCCUGGCAGAUGGACUUCAGACAGUUGCGCCCUCACCCCUCUCAUAUGUUCCUAUACCAGGCAGUGAAAUGGCUGAUAAGAUGACUUUUUGGGAAAGGGUGGCAAAUGUUUUAAUUGCCCUGAGGGUGCUUUACAGCCAGGUUCAAAUUAAAAGGCAGUACUAUGCUCCAUUUAUCCACAGAUACUUUGGUCCCGAUGUCCACUAUGAUGAACUGGUUCUGGCAGCAGAUAUAUGGUUGAUGAGGACUGACUUUACCUUUGAGUUCCCUCGUCCCACAAUGCCUAAUGUUGUCUAUAUGGGUGGGUUUCAGUGUAAACCCCCAAAGCCACUUCCUAAAGAUCUGGAGGACUUUGUCCAGAGCUCUGCAGAACAUGGAGUCAUUGUUAUGAGCUUGGGGACCUUGGUGGGGACACUCCCUGAUGACAUGGCCGAACACGUGGCUGCUGCUUUUGCUCAGUUACCUCAGAAGGUGGUCUGGAGGCAUACUGGGAAAAGACCAUCCACCCUGGGCAACAACACCUUGCUGCUGGACUGGCUGCCCCAAACUGACCUUUUAGGACACCCAAAGACCAGAGUAUUUGUGGCUCACGGAGGCACCAACGGACUCCAGGAGGCCAUCUACCAUGGAGUACCUAUAGUGGGUCUUCCUCUGAUGUUUGACCAGGAUGAUAACCUCUUCAGGAUGAGAGGGAGGGGUGUUGCCAAAGUGCUGGACAUCGGCACACUUGACACAGACACCUUCCUGGAUGCUCUGAAGGAAGUUCUUCAUGAGCCGUCCUAUAGGGAGAACAUGCAGGAGCUCUCCAGACUGCACAGAGACCAGCCCAUGAAACCUCUGGACCGAGCUAUGUUCUGGAUUGAGUUUGUCAUGAGACACAAGGGAGCGGCUCACUUAAAGACCCAGUCCUACAAGCUGUCCUGGAUUCAGUACCACUGUCUUGAUGUCAUUGCACUGUUGUUGUUUUUGAUUGUGGUGAUAUCUUUGAUGUGUAUUUUGACAGUAAAAUACUUUCUGUUUAAAGUAUUUGGAGGGAGGAAAAGGAAAACAGACUAA